GGCAACCGCCGGUCAGUUUCUGGAUACAUCUUUCUGCUUGCCGGAGCCCCAAUUGCCUGGAAAAGCCGCAAGCAAACAUCCGUUGCCCUUAGCUCCAACGAAGCUGAGUAUAUGGCUCUAAGCGAAGCCAGCCGUGAUGCCCUCUGGCUCCGGAAUCUCAUCAACGAGCUUAAUGUGCUCCCAACUGAAUGCCCACCAAUAUCUCUUCAUAUCGAUAAUCAAGGUGCUCACGCCAUGGCUGAAGCCGAGCUCACCACCAAGAGAUCCAAACACAUUGACAUACGCUACCAUUACGUUCGGGAGAAGGUCCGAGACGGCAUUGUUAAACUUCAGACCUGCCCUACCAAAGAACAGGCAGCAGAUGGCCUGACAAAACCUCUCCAAACUGAACGAUUCAAUCAUUUCCUGGAACUCACCGGCAUACAUUAAGCGGCGCUUGCUCCCCCAUUUUGGUUAUACUUUCUAUUCUGAUUUACGGCUUCUGAUUGGCCAAAGCAGAACCUCUCAUUUCUCUGCUUAAUUUUGCUUUUAUUCUCUCAUUUGAAGGCCUGCAUAGAGGCCGAUUUUUGUAUUUAAAUUCUUUAGAUUAGUCUUUAGGCCAGCUCGUGCGUGGGGGGGUGUUGGAUCACGUGGGAUUCUGCCGCAUAGGUCCGCCCUCGCUGACCCUUUUCACCACGUAGGCCUAUCUAGCUAGUGACCAACCAACAAUACACCUCCAUUAAUUAAUAAUUAAGAUGUCAGGUGCUUGCAGCAAACGUGGUCUGGCGGGGGCCCAUGAUUGGCUCCGAGCUGCCCUGCUAUCGAAGGGCGAUCCCGCGGAUCUUCAGAGCUGCUCUUCUUCGCUUUACUUCAGGUUGUCCUUCCUUUCCUCUCCUCCUCGUGCUGCCGCUGCCCCUCCCUGCUCUCCGCCGUGCCUCUGCUACGAGGCUCAUCCUAUUAUACCCUUCCGUCACUACGCCUCUCUCUCUGUCGCAUUCGUUUGAUCUUGGAUCGGUCCCGCAUGUCCUUCCGCUUCCUGUGCUCGAACCGUCCUUGUUCUCUUGGACCAACACAAUCAAUCUGGGUUACAUCCUGUCCCUAAGACCGUGCCAGCUGGCUAUUCCGAUCUGUCUCGUCCUGUCUUGCCCCACCCCUGUUGCAUCCAUCCUGCCCCUCCGUCUGGCAGUCGGGACGCGUUCCUUUUUACUUUCUGUGUCCCCAUCCGAGCCUAUUCUGCUUCUCCUUCCAUGACGGCUUCUCUAUGCGGCCUUCCUCACCUGUACCUACAAUCACUACUCAUUGCGUGCCAUCGGAACAGUUCAUGUUACACUAACUCCCAGUGUGAUUGCGUGUCCGACAAAAGAAGUGGGGAACCCUCUGUGCUCCCCCGGGGUUUGCGAAGAUGAAGUUCGGCAAACAAAUCCAGCGAAGACAGCUAGAUCUCCCUGAAUAUGCGGCGAGUUUUCUAAACUACAAGGCCCUGAAGAAGCUCAUUAAGCAAUUAAGUGCAACGCCUACUAUCCCGGCGCAGAGCACCGUCGAAGUAGCCCACGAUGAGCUCGAUCCGCAGACCGCCCUUCGUGCAAACAAGGAGGUGUUUUUCUUUCGUCUUGAACGUGAGAUCGAGAAAGUCAACGCUUUUUAUUUACAAAAGGAAGCUGAGUUUUCCUUGCGCCUAAAAACAUUGCUUGAUAAGAAACGAGUGAUUCAAUCCCGCCCCGCUUCUAGCUCCAAAACCUCGGCAAAUUUUGUAAGCCUGUUUGAAGGGUUUCAGCAGUUUGAUGGUGACCUGAACAAACUCCAACAAUUCGUCGAGAUCAAUGAGACCGCAGUGUCAAAAAUACUCAAAAAGUGGGACAAAACUUCGAAGUCCCGCAUGAAGGAACUAUAUCUGCAUCGAGCAGUUGAAGUGCAACCGUGCUUUAAUCGGGAGGUUCUACGUGAUCUAUCUGAUCGGGCGACUACAGCCCGGCUGGAGCUGGAGGCAUGGGCAGAAGGAGAGAAUAUACAGUUCGAUUCCGUGCGCCCGUCUGAACGAGGAACGGCUACGCAGCCAUAUGGUACUGAAGAAGAUGAGCUUGAACUGCAGAUCCUGCAGUCGUCAAAGGCUGGAAAUCUCCAGGCGCUACGGGAGUGGAUUUCGAAAUUGAAAACAUCCCCCGAUGCUUCCGAUCGUGCCACGCGCACAUUUCUUACCGCCAUAAAUGGAUACUCAGACGACGUCCUACGCCUUCUCCUGGACAGCGGGCUGGUUGACAUUCACGCUGAGGACGAUAUUAACGAACGGAAUUGCUUGCACGAAGCCGCCAUUUCUGGUCGAGAAUUUGUCUUAAAAGCCGGCCUUGGAGCAGGUGUUGAUGUUUCGAGAUCCGAUGUUUAUGGCAGGAUUCCACUUCAUUAUGCGUGUAUGCAUGGUCGAGUGGAAAUGGUGCGGGAGCUCCUUGCUGCCGGCCCUCACACCGUCGACUUGAUGGAUCACGAUAACUUUACUCCAUUGAUCCAUAGCAUAGUGAAAGAUCAGCUUGCCUGUGCCGAACAACUUCUCUACAGCAACGCGCGUAUCAACCCAGCUUCAGAGUCGGACCAUAUCCCUCUAAACUUGGCGUGUCAGCAUGGGUCCAUCCCCAUUGUCAAGUUGUUACUUGAGAGGAAUGCUCGGCUGCUUCCCGAUGCUGAAGGGCUCUACCCCCAGCAUUUGGUGGCGCGUUCCUCCCAGUCUCCGCAGUUGCUGCUACUUCUCAAGCAACAUAGCGCUGAUUUGGACCAGAGGGACAAGCUGUAUCAAUGGACCCCACUCUUCCACGCGGCAAGCGAAGGCUGCGUAGACUGCUUGCGCACACUUCUCGAAUUGGGCGUUGAUGCUGAGGCGACCGAUGAGAAGGGCCUGCCCGCAAUGUACUAUGCCGCGUGGGAGGGACGGUUGGAGUGUAUGCUCCUCCUCUGGUCAAAACGCGCUGAUACACAUUUGACGCAGCGGCCACUGGAUGUACUCAACGGCCUGAAACUUCACGAAUUACAGCCCACGACCGAGACAACGAUGGAGGACAUGGAGACUGCAGAUGGCAUUCCGGAUCUUUCGCUGCCACCCCCCAUUAUACCUUUGCGGCGUUACGGUCAUAACUUUCUUGACAGGAAGGUUUUUGUUCAAAUAUUAUUCGACCAGGGUAGUCCGGGUUCCAUCAUGUUUGAACAAGCGGAGCGUUAUCCUGCUGCUCGGUUGACGAUCUCUUCCAAACUCUCGGAUUUGAUUCCUCGCAGCAUCAUUCUUCCCAUCCAUGAAGAGUCGCGGAUUGUGUCGUUUCAUGUUGAUAAUCUAGCUACCUUCACCGUUGACUUCGAAAUCUUCCCGACUUUUGGCUCAAAAGUGAUUGCAAAGACAGCCGCUUUGCCCACUGUAUUUAGGGCAGAGGAGUCGAGUGCAGGGUCAUGUGCCCUGCCACUUUUCGAUCCCAGAUUACGAUCGAUUGGCCAACUUCACUUUAACUAUCAAGUCAUCAAGCCUUACCAUGGCGAGCCCCUAGAAAUCACACAUUUUGCGACCUACUGGAAGGCAACGAGCGCCCUAGAUUCGGAGCACAAUGGCCUGGUUACAGGGUCUAGUCUUUCUGGAGAUUAUGUCCAGCUCUUCGUGCAACUGACUAGGGACAGAGUGCCUGUUCUCUAUCCGCAGUACACCAUCAACCAUCAUGGUGUUGUGAUACCUGUCUGCCAUAUCACUUACUCUGAAUUUCGGUUGAUUGGUUCUGAUCGGGGAGUGGACCAUUCAGAAGUUGUACAGUUCCUACAAUCCCACGGUGCAGAUGACAUGUCGAAGAUACAUCGACUCCUUGCCAGAUCAUUCUUUUCAUUGCGAGAAGUGUUGCAGCACCUCCCUAUCUGCGUAAACGUCAACAUCUCUCUUCUCUAUCCGUCGGCAGUUGAAGAGAAAACUUUGGAUAUGACCUCGAUGGCCGACAUUAAUAGCUUCGCAGAUGCCAUCCUUACGGAUGUCUUUGACCAUGCACGUGUUGCGCGGGAGAAUAAUCCUGAUUUCAUGCGUUCGGUGGUCUUCACAUCAUAUAAUCCAAACAUCUGUACCGCCCUGAAUUGGAAACAGCCUAAUUACCCUGUCCUUUUAUGUAACGAUCUCGGACAAAUUAGAGACCUGACUCGUGACGUUGGUUCGCUACCACUCAUUGAUAGCAGUGGCCGUGCAUCAAUGUCUAUUAAAGAGUCUGCCCGAAUCGCACAAAGCAAUAAUUUCAUGGGGCUGAUCUGUCGGUCGAGUCUUCUGAAUGUCGUACCGGCACUUGUGGAAACAAUCAAGGAGCUAGGACUCGUGCUUGUGGCAGAUACUUCAGAUGAAGCUCAACCAAGCCGGAGUGAGGCCCUGGCGGCAGCAAAUGCAAUGGGCGUCGCUGCCGAGUGGGCAUAUCGGAUGCCUGAUGGAGUUAACGGCGUGAUGAAAGCCAAUGGCAUUCUAAGAUUCAACGAUAUGAUCGAUAUGUGAUGAUUUAUUCACUUUUUUUUUCCUUUUUUCUUGGAGACUAAUAAAACCAUGCUUCCCUACGUUUUGACCAUUCAUCUUUUUCUCUUUUAUUCGGAGUCCUUCUCAUUGUCUAAGGUGGAUGCGCUUGAGAGAGUCGGUCACACUUCUACUUGGAAAUACCUUACUCGAAAAAGGACGAGUCUAUGUCUCUAUACUAUAGUGUACACUGAGGUUCUAGACCCUCAGUGCUAAUAUAUAUUGUACAACGCAAUCGCAAACAAACCCCACCUUAUGCUAACAUGUUGAAAAAAGAAAGAGUGUGGAAUCUAUCGUCAUAUUUCAGUGUUUGCACCAAAUGCAUGGCAUCCAUAGCCGUACAAUAUAAUACAGAUAGUCAACGCUAUGUUUUGGGUGUUCGUUUCCCAAUGUUCCAACCCCAGUUUCUCAAGACCUGUACGACCUUGGGGGUGACAGCAGCAGUGAGCGGCACCCGGAUGAAGAUCAAGCUUUUGUGAAUUGCAUAUGCAAGAGCAACUUGGGUCCAUAUACCUGGUUAACGGAGUCAAAGAGACAUACUCGCUUCACCAUUCUUCUUUUCCACCGCAACCGAGGGCGGCUCGCCAUCUUUAGCCUCACCAUGGUCCUCCGGCUCCGACUCUCCUGGUCUCACUCGGAAGCACACGCUCCCAACAGCGUCUUUCACUGAGCUCACAAUCACAUGCUCGAUAUGCCCAAUUUUUUCUGUUCCAAAAAAGCGCACAGCGAGAAAACAAAGCGGAAAGUCUACAGCUGAGAGCAACAGGUAGACACCCAGUGCUGACCAUCCGUACUCACGGGAGAGCUUGCGCAGUUUCUGGGAAAGAGACGAAUGUUCUGGAGAUGACGAGGAAGAUUGACCGCCUGCCUUCGACGAAUUGAAUUGUCGGGAACUUCCGCGUCUGAGAAUAGUAUGUGGCUGCUUCAGAUUCUCUUGAAGCACAGAUCUCCUUGCGGGUCGGCCAGUCGCUGAGCCGGAGGAAAAAGCGCGAGUCCAUGAACACGAGGUUGGGGGACGAGAUGUGGAAGCAAAUACGAAGGGUUUGCGAGCAAUUGAGUGCGUCAUAGAGAAGAAAAAACCAUUAGCACUGCUUCCCAUUAAUGGGACAUGCUGGAAGUUUUCGGUUGGGCGGGAAAACCAGCGACUUGUCAAUGGCUUUCUUGGAGGCAUGCUGCCGGUUUCCUAUCCCGAUGCUGCCGGAAUUCGUUGAGAUCUCGGAUAAGGGGAAAUAAGGGGAAAUGAGGGCGUGGGAGGGGAAGGAGGAGGCCAAAUAGAAUGCAGAUAAGAAUAGUAUAUUCGAAAUCAGCAGGGAUACCAAGAAAGUCAAAGAAAAAGCGAAAUGCAGAGAAAGAGAGAAGCAAAAUUUUGGUCCGCGGACCUAUGAUUGCACUGAAGGGGAAAUACUAUUAUGCCAGCUGUUGUUCAAGAGGUCCCAGUAAAGCUCUCUGGUCUAAGCAGAAGCUGAAAUGGUAGGACAGAAGGAGAUAUUCUAUUUCUUCUUAAGGUUGAAUAACUAUAAUUGAAAGUAGAAUGUU